AUGACUCUCAAAUCGACGAUCCGCAGCUUGCGGAAUAACCCCCAAUUUCUUUUCGUCCGCCUCCCCAAGAUCCUUUCGUUCCUCUGCGUCGUUGUAGGCGUGGCUUGGUUACUCUUACUUCCGUUGGACGAAUAUUCGCGGCAGACUUACAUCUCCGAGAAUGCACUUCUACCGGGCCAGGUACAUGCUUAUUUCACCGGCAGUGAGCAGAACAUCUUCCGAGGCUACAAGAAGGAGCUUCAGGGGUUGAUCCAACAUGGUCGCGACAAUGGACCGUUCAAUCCCGAGGAGGUGUCCACCCCAGCAAUCUCGAACAAGAUCUCUUCGAUGCUGCGCGAUGCUGGACUCAAAGUCGCGACUCAAAAGUACGAGUAUACAUCUGCGGGAAUUACAUACCAGGGAGAGAACGUCUACGGUAUCAUUCAUGCACCGAGAGGGGAUGCGACGGAGGCGAUUGUCCUCGUUGCUGCGUGGAAAACGGCCGAUGACGAAUUGAACCUGAACGGGGUCACCCUCGCUCUGACUUUGGCGAGAUACUUUAAAAGAUGGUCGCUUUGGUCCAAAGACAUCAUUCUCGUGUUCCCUCCCGACAGCAAGACCGGUACUCAGGCCUGGGUCGACGCAUACCAUGAUUUACAUCCUGCAUCUGUUCAGCCGCUACCGUUGAAGAGUGGUGCAUUGCAGGGAGCGCUGGUCAUCGAGUAUCCCUUUGAGCACCAUUUCCGCACCCUCCACAUUGUAUACGAUGGUGUUAAUGGCCAACUGCCGAAUCUCGAUCUCUUCAACACGGCCGUGGCGAUUGCGACCGGCCAGAUGGGCAUGGGCGCCAACCUCCAGGAGAUGUUGGGGCAUGACAAUAGCUACCGGGACCGUUUGAAGACUAUGAUGCGAAGCAUGACCAAACAGGGUCUUGGCUACGCCACCGGGGCACACAGUAGUUUCAUGCCGUAUCACAUCGAUGCCAUUACUCUCCAGCCCAAGGGUGAGGGUUGGGAGGACGAAAUGGCGCUCGGCCGGACAAUUGAAAGUCUUUGUCGCAGCUUGAACAACUUGCUCGAGCAUCUGCACCAAAGCUUUUUCUUCUACUUGCUCAUGCAAACCAACCGUUUCGUCAGUAUUGGAACUUACUUGCCGAGUGCCAUGCUGAUUGCCGGUAACUUCACGAUUAUGGCAAUUGCGCUUUGGAUGCGAAGUGGCUACCACUCAGAUACCAAGAAAAUGCUCUCUACAGGCCCGAAUGAUGCGGCAAUCAAGAACGAAAAGGCAUCCAGUACCACUACAGGCAGCUCCCAGGCCCACGAAGCUAAGAACAACGGAAGUGCGCCAGUCGCCGAGCGCGUCUUGGCUCUACCACUGACCCUGGUCAGUGGACUACACUUGCUUGGAUUAGUACCGCUGUGGACAUUCAACACAAUCUUCCAUCAGUACUUUACAAUCGCCACGUAUACUUUUGUCGUCGUGGAUAUUACCCUUCCAUUGAUCCUCGCCGCAUGGCUCUCCCACGGCCUGGGCAUUUCCAAGCCUUUUAUCCCUCAGCAAUAUCUCCUGGUCAAGUCAUUCGCCUUGCUCAUCCUGGGCCUCUGUCUGUCCACAUUGGCCACGCUCAAUUUCUCACUGUCUUUUAUGAUUGGUCUUCUUUGUGCACCGCUCAGCUUCGUCACUCGGAUCACCGGCUCGGCCUCGACGCGCUAUCCCGCCGCCAUCUUGGGUCUAGGGUUAAUGAAUCUUCUCUCUCCGCCUGCGGUGCUUAUCGGCGUCUGCUGGUACACCGGGGUCCCGAUUGAGACGGUCUUGACGCAGGCGGCCUUUGGCUGGGACGUUUGGGGUAUGUGGACCCAGGUGGUCGUCUGGUGUGUUUGGUGGCCAGCUUGGUUGACGGGGUGUGUCCUGAUCGGCUCAUCUCUAUUUUGA